UCCCAGAGCCCAGGUUUCUCCAAGCCCCAUCCAGCCUGGGCCUGGGUGGCUGCAGCUGCACCCAGGGCUGGUAUGAGCAGGAGAAUUUCAUUCUGGGUGUUCCUUGCAGUGGAUCAAUGAGCUGAUCAAUGGAAAUUGUGCUUUUCCUUCUUCCUCCCCCACCUCAGCACUGCAGUGGCUCCAGCCAUGAGCUGUGCCUCACUCCCUGUUUGUCUCCCUAAAGAAGCUCAUUCUGGGCCCUUUUGAUCAGUGCUCCAGCCUCCCUCAAAUAGAAAAAUAGAAAUAGAAGUCAAAUGCCGUUGCUUUUUAAAAAGAAAAAAAUCAAUAGCAGCUGUCAGGCACUUGAAGCACAAGAAUAAGUGGCUGUGCCUGCCUGAUAAAGGCACAAUAUUUCCAGAGAGGGAAAGGGAAUUCCAGUUUCUGAAAGGAUGAUUUGAAAUAGCUGUCAUAAUUAGGAAUCAAUUCGUUAUUAUUCUAAGUCUCCUUAAAGGGCAUUCUUAUGCUGAUGGCAUUAAUUAGGUGUUUGAUAAAGUCAUUACUCUGUAGUUGCACAAAGCCAGCAUGAAGCAGUGAUCCUGGAGCCCUGGAAGGGGCUCCUCUAUUGAUCCCUGUGCUGUUCCAAGCUCCCCUGGCUCCUGUUUGCAGCAGCCUGUCUGACUGCUGGGGGGUCUGACAGCUCCAGGAGUGUCCUGCAGGCUCUGCAGGGAUGGGUUUUAUUGCUUUUUAAACCCUCCCUGAAUGUUUUGUUCCUUCCCCGAGCACAGCUGUAAUAAAAGCAUAUUGCAACAGGCAGAGCCAGGAACUUCCAGCUAAAGCAUCCAAUCUUUGGAAUUUCAGGGGAAAACGCUCAGAAAUAGUGCUCAGGAAUUAUGUCAAGGUUUAUUCAAGGGCUUUCUUUAAUCUCUGCAGACUAAGAGAGCACAAAGCCUCCCUCUGAUAAAGCCUCUCAGAAAUAGCACUAUGGCAAUUCUGAUUUCCAGGGUCUGUGCUUAUUUAUUCUUGUGGAAAAUCAGGAAGAGGGAGAUGGAUGGGGAAAUGCUCUGCAGAUAAGUGCCAAUCUCUUGAAUUUGUAGGCUGAGGCAGAGAGGAAGGCACUGGCUGUGACACCAGGGUAAUGUCUGCAUGCAAAGGAUUAAAAUUAGCAUUCCACACUCAGGGUGAUGUCUGGGAGCAGCUCCAGUCCCAGAACAGCAGGGUGAAGGUUCUGGACACUCGAGGACUCACUGCUACCUGUGCAUCUCAGAAUGGGACAGAGGCACUGCAGGAACCCCCAGUGCAUCUCAGAAUGGGACAGAGGCACUGCAGGAACCCCCAGUGCAUCUCAGAAUGGGACAGAGGCACUGCAGGAACCCCCAGUGCAUCUCAGAAUGGGACAGAGGCACUGCAGGAACCCCCAGUGCAUCUCAGAAUGGGACAGAGGCACUGCAGGAACCCCCAGUGCAUCUCAGAAUGGGACAGAGGCACUGCAGGAACCCCCAGUGCAUCUCAGAAUGGGACAGAGGCACUGCAGGAACCCCCAGUGCAUCUCAGAAUGGGACAGAGGCACUGCAGGAACCCCCAGUGCAUCUCAGAAUGGGACAGAGGCACUGCAGGAACCCCCAGUGCAUCUCAGAAUGGGACAGAGGCACUGCAGGAACCCCCAGUGCAUCUCAGAAUGGGACAGAGGCACUGCAGGAACCCCCAGUGCAUCUCAGAAUGGGACAGAGGCACUGCAGGAACCCCCAGUGCAUCUCAGAAUGGGACAGAGGCACUGCAGGAACCCCCAGUGCAUCUCAGAAUGGGACAGAGGCACUGCAGGAACCCCCAGUGCAUCUCAGAAUGGGACAGAGGCACUGCAGGAACCCCCAGUGCAUCUCAGAAUGGGACAGAGGCACUGCAGGAACCCCCAGUGCAUCUCAGAAUGGGACAGAGGCACUGCAGGAACCCCCAGUGCAUCUCAGAAUGGGACAGAGGCACUGCAGGAACCCCCAGUGCAUCUCAGAAUGGGACAGAGGCACUGCAGGAACCCCCAGUGCAUCUCAGAAUGGGACAGAGGCACUGCAGGAACCCCCAGUGCAUCUCAGAAUGGGACAGAGGCACUGCAGGAACCCCCAGUGCAUCUCAGAAUGGGACAGAGGCACUGCAGGAGCCCCCAGUGCAUCUCCAAAACUAGGAUGUGCUCAUGAUCUGGAACCUGCUGUGAGUCUGGGAAGGUGCAGGAGUGCUCUGCAUUCCCCAUCCCAAGGCAGCAAACCCCACACAUUCCCUGUCCCGUGGGAGGUGCCCUUGCAGCUCCUCAGGGCCACUGAGGGUGACACAGAUUUGGGGAGAUGAGCCAGGAAGGGCUGCAGGGAUGGCACCACAGUAGCAGGGGGGAGAUGCUCAGCACCUCCCUUGUUUUGGAAACACUUCCUAUUUAAACCCAAAGAUGGAAUUACCAGAAUGGAUCUGAGUUCUGGGCUUGUUCCAUAUUUGUAAACAUAAUUUGCAGAUUCCAAAGAACUGAAUGGAGUGUUCAUUGUUACUAAACCACAAGUUCUGGCUAAAAAAAAACCCCUGUAGAUGCUUUUCAGCGUAGCUUUCAUCUGGAAUUUGGGAGGAAGAGACCCUUUUGAUUUUUUUUUUCCCUUUGGUCUUGACUGUGACCUUUGUAAAACACUGCUGAGGGAAGCAGGGCUUCCCCAGUGUGUGUCUGGCUCUGGCAGUCUGUCUCUGCUCCUGGAGUCCCUGGCCAGCUCCAGGAAUGAAACCCAGCAGCUGCUCCAGAAGGUAACUACCAGCCCUAACCCACAAGGGCCUUUUAGUUUUCAAUUAAAGGAGCAGACUCCAAUUAGAUCAAACCCAUUCACAUGAAAAGAAAAGUCUGGCUUGCAGUAUUUGGGAGGCCAGAAUUAGCCUGGCUCUCAUUGCUCUUCAUCCCGUGGAAAUUUAGUCACCUUUACUAAUUGGUUUUCCUUUAAAUAAUUAAGCUGAGCUGCCCGAGCAAGCUGCCACCUACUAAGAUGUCUUUUUUAAGGGCACACACACACAAAUGGGACCUUUUAAUAAGAGCAGCAAAAUGUUCACUUUUCCCCCCAGAAAGCCCCAGUCUGGGCCAGGCUCCCCUGUUGUGUUUCUGACUGGAAGCAGCAGCAGCAGCUGAGCUGGUGCUGGGUGCAUGAAAGAGGAAUUUUUGUUUUUCCAGAGCUCUGAGGUGUUGAGCAGGAAGCAGCACGUGAUGGGGCAGAUGUACCUGAGGAGCACAGGCACGAAAAUUCCAAAGCCAUGAGAGCUGCUGGCAGGAGGUUCUGCCUUGCCAGGACCUGUUUGUGAUUAAUCCUGCAGACUUUGGGAGCUGCUGUCCCAGCACAGCUCUGCACCUUUUAGGGCAUUCCUGCUGCUCCAAACCCAGAUGCUGCAUUUCCAGGAGAAGUCCUUUCCUGGCAGGAGAGUAACCAAGGAGAUAUUACAUGGAAAUUGUUCCAUUUCUUCAAGGACAAGAGAUUUCCCUCCGAGUCUUGCAGAAAUGCUUUCAUGAGUUAGGAGCACAAAGCUGUUGUGUCGCUGAUUCCCCCUGGGUGUGAGGCCUGGAUUUGGUCAUUCCUUCAGCAAUCUGCUGCUCCCCCAGCACCCAACACACAAACAAGGGCUGUACUUUGCUUUUUCCCACCCUGCUGUUGAUUCCCUGUGUAGCCUUAGCCCUCCAGUUCCCUCAUACUCUGUUUCCUUCCUGUGGAAGAAGGUUUUAGUGGCAGGGCUGCCCAGACAAUCUCAGGUGCCCAAUGUCCCUGGGCAGGAGCAGCCAGCAGGGCUGGCUCAGAGCCCUCCCCUGCACGGCCCUGAGGGGCUCUGGCUGCUGCAGCCCUCAUGCUGUUGAUCAGGUGUGUUAUCAGAGGCUGCUAAUUAGUGAUUAACUGCAGCCUGCUUUC